AGCUAGGGUCCAGGCUUCUUUGACAUGGACUAGGGUUUGGGUAUUACGAUGAGGAUGAUGGCCGGCUGCCUACGCAAAGCCCUUGUGCUCCAGGUGAGGUUUACUCUCUCAGCUUCACCAACCCGACAAAGCCUGCGUUUUCUUCUCCACCACCUCUACCCAUUCUCAUCCAUUUCCACUUCUGGGAAAUCACAGUCUUUCACUGUGUCUUACCUCAUUGACUCAUGUGGCCUCUCUCAUAAAGAUGCUCUGUCAGCUUCCAAAUUCUUCUCCUUUGAAACCCCCGAUAAACCCAAUUCGGUCCUUGCCUUCUUCAACAGGCAUGGCUUCUCGAAAUCCCAAAUCUCAAAAAUCGUCAAAUCACUACCUCGACUACUCGCAUCCGAUCCCGACAAAACCCUUUUGCCCAAACUCCAAUUUUUCUACUCCAAAGGCGCUUCCAGGCCUGACGUUACCAAAAUCGUAGUCUCUACCCCAGGCAUCUUGUAUCGAAGCUUGGAAAAUCAAAUCAUCCCAUCUUUUAAUUUCUUCAAAGAUUUUCUUCAAUCCGACGAGAUGGCAGUUACUGUUAUUAAACGCUUUUCCCGGAUUCUACUAUUUGAUCUUCACACCUAUGUGGCAUCUAAUAUCAAUGCGUUGCAAGAAUUUGGAGUACCCAAAUCAAAUAUUGCAGGAUUGCUAAUGAAUCGGCCUAUGUUCAUGGCAUUCAUGGUGAGGCCAAAUCCGUUUAGGGAGAAUUUGGAGGAAGUAAAGAAAAUGGGGUUUAAUCCUUCACAAAUGAAGUUCGUUAUAGCAAUCCAUGCAAUGAGAGCGAUGGGAAAAUCAACCUGGGAAAGGAAGAUUGAUGUAUAUAAGAGGUGGGGUUGGUCUGAGGAAGAGAUUCGGUUAGCCUUCAUAAAGCUUCCCCGGUGUAUGACACAUUCCGAGGAUAAAAUAAUGGCAACAAUGGAUUUCUUCGUCAACAAAAUGGGGAGGGAGUCUUCUUUGAUUGCUCGCCGGCCCCUUCUUAUCUCGCUUAGCUUGGAGAAGAGAAUUAUGCCUCGGUAUUCAGUCAUUCAAGUUUUGUUGUCAAAGGGUCUGAUUGAGAACGACACUAGCCUGGUAGUUCUCUUCGAGUCUACUGAAAAGAUGUUUCUGCGGAAGUUUGUGAAUGGUUACAAGAAGGAAGCUCCUCAGUUAAUGAAACUGUAUCAGGAAAAAAAUCAACCUUUCAAAAAAGCAAGACUGUCUCCAGGAGGGAAGUGGUGAUUGUUGAAUGUCCAGAUUAUCAAUCCAAAUUUUUCUCCUC